CGCCGCGGAUCGCACGUAUAAGCGGUCGCUUCACUCCUUCUGACUCCCGCGGAUCCUUCCGCCGGCGCCGCAGACGGCGCUUAGCGCUUUUGGCUCAGCCCGCCUGAGGCAGUGGUAGAAACGUCAUGGCGCGUCACGGCCUCAAAAACGUUUGUUUUCCCGCUUAGCCUCAUCUUCGGGCUAUUUGUGAACGUGGGUGUCUCGAAGGACUCUUUCACUCGACGCUCGGCGGAAGGAUAUUUCUUUAUUUAACCGCCACAAGCUGAACGAACGUUUCGAGGCGGGGCCAACGGCGCGGACGCCGCCUCUCCGGACCAAUCACAGUGGGAGGCUUGCCGUUAGCGCCGACCCCCGGAGCGGAAGAGCCAAUGGGCGCGAGAGAGGGAGCGGCGGGGGCCGGCUGAGGGGGAGGCCUCCCGAUGAGCUAAAAUGGUGCUGAGGCUCGAGGGGAGCUGGUCGCUGCUGGUCGGGAAGCGUUUCCUCAGCCUGGCCGGGGAGGACGACGGGCCCUGGGACACGGAGCGCGUGGCGGAAUGGCCGUGGCAGGCGGGCAGGAUCCGGGCGGUCUCGCACACCGACAUCUCCAAACCGGACCUGAAGAUUUGUGUAGAAUUUGAUGAUGAGUCAUGGGAAAAAAGAAGAUGGAUAGAAGUCUACAGUCCCAAAAUGAAGGUAUUCCUCGUGGAGCAAAAGCUGGUAUUGGCAGAAAGAAGAUCUCAUGGCGGUUCUAUAUCACCUGUCCAGUGGCCUGCAAUGACUUACAAAUCCUUAGUGGACAAAGCCGGUUUGGGACAAAUGGUUUCCAUACGCUAUCUUGGUGAAGAGAAAUGUGUUUUUCUUUCUAAAGACCUUUUGACGCCCAUUCAGGAUGUGGAGAGUUCCAGGCUUCCUCUGAAGGAUGAUCAAACUGUCAAUGAAGAAAUUCAAGCUUUAGUUAAGAAACACCUAGAUGAAACACGCUUGGUGCAAGGUGGAAAAAAUAUAAUUGGUUCAAAAAUUAGAAUUUAUAGCCUGGAUCCAUCUACCCAGUGGUUCACAGCAGUUGUUGUAAAUGGUAAUCCUGCUACAAGAACUCUAGAAGUCAACUGUCAGGAGAUUCCAGCUUUAAAAACUCUUGAUCCAGAGUUAAUUCACGUGGAAAUAAUAUAUGACAACAAUGGAAAAUGUGAUAAAUCCAAAAGAAUUGGGGGCGUGAAGAGGAAAUCCACAGAAAAUAGUGGAAGUGUUGAUGCCAAACACACAAAGUCUUCUCCUGAGGUUUCUCAGAGUCAGGGACAUGUGCACUCAGUACCAACAGUGUUUGGUGAAGCAUUGCUGGGUUGUACUCCUGCUAAUAAAGACCAAAGGCAUCAAGGCUUGCCCCUGCCAGCUAACUCUCCUCCCAAUCUUGGCGCAGAAACUCCUCAGGGCACAUGCAGACGGAGCGUACCAGAAGUCCAUCCCUCUUGUCUUAAUUCUGGAACAAAACCAUUGAAGGAAAAUUUUACGCUCUUUCCUAAAGUGACAUAUAUAACUAAAGAACAAACACAAAAUAUUAAUGAUCAAAAUGGUAAAUAUACCUCUCUGAUAUCUUCAAGAUCUUCAUCUUUGAGUGAUUCAACUAAUGGAAAAGAAACCGGUCUGAAAAAUAUAAGUGAAGCUCCUCUGAAGCCCACAACAAACUUUUCUAAAGAGUGUAUUUCUGCAAAACCAUUGCAACAUCUUAACUCCUCCGUAGCAAUACCGAGAAUCAAUAGCUCUGUUGAACUGCAGAGGACUUUAGAUUGCAGGCCCUCAACAUCGGAUGCUCACCUGCUCCCUUUUACUGAGGCUGGAGUUAAAUCACACAGUGGUUGUAACAGCCAAAAAGGAAACAAGGUGGAUGAACAAGUAGACAUGGAAUUUUUUAUUAGGAGAAAUUCAAAUGAAGGUUUUUAUGAGAGAAAUGAAAAUGAAAGCUUUUGGAGUGGGAGUACCAAGAUGCAGGAUAAUGUAAUAGUUCGCAAGUCCAUUUUAGCAGAUGCUUCUAAAGUGAAGAAGCUGCAGCAGAGUGGGGAAGCAUUUGUACAGGAUGGCUCCUGCAAUAAUAUUGCACCUCACCUGCAUAAAUGCAGGGAAUGUCGCUUGGACAGCUACCGAAAGAACAAAGACCAGAAAGAUUCCACUGUCUUUUGUCGGUUCUUUCACUUUAGAAGGCUGCAGUUCAAUAAGCAUGGGAUACUGCGUGAGGAGGGCUUCUUAACUCCCAAUAAGUAUGACCCUGAGGCUAUUAGCUUGUGGCUGCCUUUAUCCAAAAAUGUUGUUGGCCUGGAUCUGGACACAGCGAAAUACAUUCUGGCCAACAUUGGAGACCACUUUUGUCAGCUGGUGAUAUCUGAAAAGGAAGUUAUGUCUACAAUUGAACCACACAGACAAGUAGCCUGGAAGCGUGCAGUUCGUGGAGUUCGAGAGAUGUGUGAUGUGUGUGACACCACCAUCUUCAACCUCCACUGGGUCUGCUCUAAGUGCGGCUUCGGUGUGUGUGUCGAUUGCUACAGGAUGAGGAAAAAAGGCAUACAUGAAGAUGAUGACUCGGAUACUUUCUCCUGGUUUAAAUGUGUGAAGGGGCAGGAGCACGAACCAGAGAAUCUAAUGCCUACACAAAUAAUUCCUGGAAGAGCACUCUAUGAUGUUGGUGAUAUUGUUCACUCUGUAAGAACAAAAUGGGGAAUAAAGGCAAACUGCCCCUGUGCAAAUAAACAGUUCAAGGCACUGUCAAAGCCAACUCUAAAGGAGGAUUCAAAACAGAAUUUGGUACCUGGAGAGAGGACCAGCCUUCAGCAAAACAACUUAGUCCUGAGCCCACAGGUCCCUACACAUGAUCCUCCUGUCAAACCAGCAGCUGGAAGUAAACAAACUCCUUCAGUAAACACUUCUCCUUCAUUAAGUUGGCUGUCAAAUAUAACAAGUGGAAAUGUGAAUAAAGAAAACAAAGAAAAACUUCUCGUGCCCAUUUCCAAGAAUGAAAACAAACCUCUUCAGACACUCCCUAGCUUAGCUAAGCCUGCUACAGCCCUGCAGACAUUCAACAGUGCAAUACUAACACCUGUGAGCAACAACAACACAGGUUUCCUGCGGAAUCUCCUGAAUUCUUCUGGAGGAAAGACAGACAAUGGACUCAAGAGUACACCCAAAAUCCUUGAUGACAUUUUUGCUUCCCUGGUGCAAAAUAGAACUGUUACAGACAUGCCUAAGAAGCCACAAGGACUGACUAUAAAGCCUACAAUAAUGGGCUUUGAUACGCCUCAUUACUGGUUAUGUGAUAACCGCUUACUGUGUCUUCAAGAUCCCAACAAUGAAAGUAAUUGGAAUGUCUUCAGAGAGUGCUGGAAGCAGGGACAGCCUGUAAUGGUGUCAGGAGUGCAUCACAAAUUAAAUGCAGACCUCUGGAGACCUGAGUCCUUCAGGAAAGAGUUUGGCCAACAGGAAGUAGACCUGGUUAACUGCAGGACCAAUGAAAUAAUCACUGGCGCUACUGUAGGAGAUUUCUGGGAUGGGUUUGAAGAUAUUUCAAGUCGCCUGAGAACAGAAGAAGGAGAGCCAAUGGUGUUGAAGCUUAAAGAUUGGCCUCCAGGAGAAGAUUUCAGAGAUAUGAUGCCUUCUCGGUUUGAUGAUUUGAUGAAAAAUAUUCCACUGCCAGAGUACACUAGGAGAGGUGGAAAGCUCAACCUUGCCUCUCGACUUCCCAACUAUUUUGUACGACCAGAUUUGGGCCCUAAGAUGUACAAUGCCUAUGGCUUAAUAACACCAGAAGAUAGAAAAUAUGGCACAACAAAUCUCCACUUGGAUGUGUCUGAUGCAGCUAAUGUUAUGGUGUAUGUGGGGAUCCCCAAAGGUCAGGCUGAUCAAGAAGAAGAAGUACUUAAGACCAUACAAGAUGGUGAUUCUGAUGAGCUGACAAUUAAGCGUUUUACUGAAAGUCGAGAAAAACCUGGAGCUCUGUGGCACAUCUAUGCUGCUAAGGAUACAGAGAAGAUUCGGGAGUUCCUUAAAAAGGUUGCUGAAGAACAAGGUCAAGAAAAUCCUGUAGAUCACGAUCCCAUUCAUGAUCAAAGUUGGUACUUGGAUCGAUCUCUAAGAAAACGCCUUCACCAGGAGUAUGGAGUUCAAGGCUGGGCUAUUGUACAGUUUCUAGGAGAUGUAGUUUUCAUUCCAGCAGGAGCUCCACACCAGGUUCAUAAUUUGUACAGUUGUAUUAAAGUUGCAGAAGACUUUGUAUCCCCAGAGCACGUCAAGCAUUGCUUCUGGCUCACUCAGGAAUUUAGAUAUCUGUCACAUACGCAUACAAACCAUGAAGAUAAAUUGCAGGUGAAGAAUGUCAUAUACCAUGCUGUUAAAGAUGCAGUUGGGAUAUUGAGAGCUAACGAAUCCAGCCUUAGCAGAUCAUAAAGUAGAAAGCCUUAACACACACUAUGAAACAGAAGCGCUGGCAGCUGUUUUAACUACUCAGUCAGGACCUCUGUGGACUUUGAGAUUAUAUGAAUGUUACCUCAUCUUCCUUUCAGCAGUACCAGAGGAUCGUGGUACUAUGUUCUGUGUAUUCUUCCAAUGUUUACAAACCUGAUAUGUAUAUGUAGUAAUAUGUAUGGACUGUGGCAUACUGUGAAUGCUCAGUUGCAAUAGAACUUUAUAUGGAGUUGCUCUCCAAACUGUACAAAAUACCUCCUAUAGAACUGUCGGGAAUUAUUCCAAACUACUCAUUUGAAAACUAUUAUCUGAGACAUUGUAAAGCUCCAAUUUUUAAAACUUAUUUCAGGGUGGGAGGAAAUACAAAGUCACCCAACUAAUAACCAAUUUAUGUUAACUAAGAAUGCGGUUCUGUAACUUCACAUUAACAUAGAACUAGCAUUUAAAAGUAGCUUUAAGCUAUUGUAUAGUAACAUAGAGAUGGAGAUUAACCAUCUUUAGGUAAAUGUAUUUAAAUUUCUAAAUGUUAAAAGAAACUUUUAAUCAAAUGUCUUCUGUUUGAAACUGAUCUUUAAUUUGAACUUACGUUUGAUUCUCUGGUUUUUAACACUGAAUGGUCUACAUAAAAUUCUUCUAUUUCAGAUACUGUUCCUUGCCCAGCUUCUUCAGUUGACUCUUUAAAAAGCAAUGAAUUUGAUGCAGUGCUUUGAAAUGCAAAA